AUAGAAAAAAAUUUGAGUCUCUCGUUCAAUAUUGGCAGUACGGUAUAUUCACUUCAUAAAAAAGAAAGAAAGAAAAGAAAAGAAAUGCCGGCGAAAUUGGUCGAUGGUGCAUUUGGCCAAUGCGGUGAAGAAGUAUCAUCAAGCUGGCUUGCUUCACUGCUACCUGGGAAUUCUCGUCCUCGACACCAAUUUCGAUCCAACAACAAUAAUUAACGCUUCUUUUCAUUUUGAAGACAAAAGCCACACACACUAACUCUCCAACUCUUACGUUAACCCUCAAAUUCUUUCCCAUUACUUUGAUGCUCUUCUUCUAUCUCCCCUCUUGACCCAGGGAUUCAUGUCAUCAUGGAUCCAAAAACAAAGAGGAGAGGUGUUGUGGAGAACGGUGAUGGAGGGGAGGAUUUGGUUCUGGCGACUUUGAUAGCGAAUGGGGAUGAUGUUGGUCCUCUUGUCAGGCUCGCCUUCGAGAUGGGGCGGCCUGAGGGGCUCCUUCACCAGCUGACUUAUGUGGUUAAGACAAAGGAAGCUGAAAUUGAGGAGAUGUGCAAGACUCAUUAUGAGGAAUUCAUCCUAGCCGUUGAUGAGCUUCGUGGUGUGUUAGUUGAUGCUGAGGAGCUAAAGAGCGAGCUCCAAAGUGACAAUUUCAAGUUGCAGCAGGUUGGCAGCGCCCUUCUUGCGAAGCUUGAAGAGCUUCUUGAGUCUUAUUCUGUUAGGAAGAAUAUGACUGAAGCUAUAGAUAUGUCUAAGAACUGUAUACAGGUGUUAGAGCUUUGUGUGAAGUGUAACAGUCACAUUUCUGAAGGUCAGUUUUAUCCUGCAUUGAAGACUCUGGAUUUACUUGAGAAAAGUUACAUGCAGAAUGUUCCUGCAAAUGCUCUCAAAAUGGUCAUAGAGAGGAGAAUUCCUGUGAUAAAAUUGCACAUUGAGAAGAAAGUAUGCAGUCAAGUUAAUGAAUGGAUGGUCGACAUAAGGAGUUCUGCUAAAACUAUUGGGCAAACAGCAAUUGGUCGUACUGUGACAGCUCGCCAAAGGGACAAGGAAAUGCUAGAACAGCAGAGGCAGGCUGAGGAGCAAAGUAUUUCAGGAAUAGGGGAUCUAGCUUAUACAUUGGAUGCUGAAGAACUUGACGAAGAUUCAAUUUUAAAGUUUGAUCUUACACCGCUUUAUCGUGCUUGUCAUAUUCAUGAUUGUCUAGGUAUGCGAGAGAAGUUCCGUGAAUACUACUAUACUAAUAGAUUGUUACAAUUGAAUUCAGAUCUGGAGAUAUCUUCAGCACAACCUUUUGUUGAAUCAUACCAGACAUUUUUUGCUCAAAUUGCUGGAUUCUUUAUAGUGGAGGAUAGAGUCCUGAGAACUGCUGGUGGCCUCCUGGUAGCUGAUCAGGUCGAGACAAUGUGGGAGACGGCUCUAGCUAAAAUGACAUCGGUGUUGCAGGAGCAGUUCUCUUGUAUGGGGUCUGCCCCUCAUCUUCUCCUGGUGAAAGAUUAUGUCACUCUGCUUGGGUCUACUCUUAGACAAUACGGAUAUGAAAUAAGCACCCUUCUUGAUGUGCUUGAUAGCAGCUGUGACAAAUACCACAUGCUUCUUUUGGAAGAAUGUAGGCAACAAAUUGUUGAUGUCUUUGGCAAUGACUCGUAUGACCAAAUUGAGAUUAAAAAAGAAACUGACUAUGAGAAUAUUGUUCUGUCAUUUAAUCUUCAAACAUCAGAUAUCAUGCCUGCAUUUCCAUAUGUUGCACCAUUCUCCUCCAUGGUACCUGAUGCUUGUCGCAUUGUGAGAUCCUUUAUAAAAGGCUCUGUUGAUUACUUGUCUUAUGGUAUACAUAUGAAUUUCUUUGAUGUAGUGAGAAAGUAUUUGGACAAGUUCCUGAUUGAUGUGCUAAAUGUAACAUUACUAGAGACAAUCAACAAUGGCAGUAUCAAUGUACCUCAAGUCAUGCAGAUUGCUGCAAACAUAGCUGUCCUCGAAAGAGCUUGUAAUUUCUUCCUUCGACACACAGCCCAACUAUGUGGCAUCCCAGUCCGAUCAGUUGAAAGGCCUCCAGCUACUUUAACCGCAAAGGUGAUCUUCAAGACGUCCAGGGAUGCAGCUUACAUUACCAUAAUGGGUCAGGUAAAUGCAAAAUUAGAUGAGUUUAUGACUCUUACUGAAAGCAUUAACUGGACUCCUGAGGAGACAAAUGAGAAUGGCAAUGACUACGCACAUGAGGUGAUCAUUUACCUUGAUUCUAUUAUGUCCCCAGCGCAACAAAUUUUACCCUUGGAUGCUGUAUACAAAGUUGGGAGUGGUGCUUUUGAGCACAUUUCCAAUUCCUUAGUGGCUGCUUUCUCUAGUGAUAGUGUCAAAAGGUUUAAUGCAAAUGCAGUUGUGAAUAUAGAUUAUGAUCUUCAGAUCAUAGAGAAUUUUGCAGAGGAAAGGUUCUAUUCUGCUGGUUUGGGAGAAAUAUAUAAUGAAGGUAGUUUUAAGAACUGCAUGGUAGAAGCGCGGCAGUUAAUUAAUCUUCUGUUAAGUAGUCAACCUGAGAACUUCAUGAAUCCUGAUAUAAGGGAGAAAAAUUAUUAUGCAUUGGAUUAUAAGAAGGUGGCUUCCAUCUGUGAUAAAUUCAAGGAUUCACCAGAUGGCAUCUUUGGAAGCCUUGCUAAUAAAAAUGCAAAGCAAAGUGCUAGAAAGAAAUCAAUGGACGUGCUCAAAAAGAGACUUAAGGAUUUCAAUUGAUAAAUUUUGGAAACAUUAUUUCAUGGGAAGUAGGGUAUAACUGAAGUUUUCUAUUGUGGAUGUAUAACUUCAUGUUGAAUGUUUCCAUGUUGUUCUGACUUGUCUGUGCCUUAAAUCUUUUCUCUCUAUAUUCUGGUUAUGUAGUCCAUUUAAAUAACAAGAUAUUGCCUUUCCAUGGCACACAAAUGUUUAUUAGAGCUUGAAUGAAGUGCUUUCGGGGUUUCUU